AUGUCGUUUAACUUCCUAAUUUGGAAUGCUAGGGGUGUGGUGAACACGAACACCCAGAGCGUCAUCAAGAGGUUGAUUAGAGAUAACAAGGCUAUGGUUCUAGCCAUUAUUGAACCUUUGGUUAGGCCUAAGCCUGAUUAUUAUAGUAAAAAUUUUGGGCUAAAGUUUAAGGGCUUUAACUGCAAUGGGCAGAUUUGGAUUUUUGUGGCGGAAGGAUUUGAAGUAGAUGAAUGGGAUGACACUGAGCAGAUCCUCCAUGCUCGUUUUUCCACACCAAUGCUACCCACACCGUUCUUUAUUUCGGUGGCUUAUGGGAAAUGCCCUAGAGAGGGGAGGAAAGAGAUGUGGAACAAACUCAGAGAGCUUGCUGCAAAGCUUGAGGGUCUUCCAUGGCUGGUGGGGGGAGACUGCAACAUCUAUAUGGCGGAAGAAGAGAGGCAGGGAAGUGUUAGGAGGCAGGGGAGGAAAGCUAGAGAAAUGAUGGAUUUUGCAGAAACUAUCAGUGACUGCCAACUCUUAGAUGUGGGGGCAGAUGGUCCAAAAUUUACAUGGGCAAGAGGAAAUAUCUUGGAAAGGUUAGAUAGGGUUCUUCUGGGUGAAGGCUGGACAAAGCUAUUCGAAGCCUCAAGGGUGACAAAUCUUCCUAGAGUCCUAUCUGAUCAUUGUCCAAUGUUGAUAAGUUGCAAGACCCCGGGGCCGAGAGUUAAGCCUUCUUUUAGAUUCCAAAAUAUGUGGGUAAGACACCAUUUAUUCUUGCAGGAGGUUGAUAGAUGCUGGAAAGAGGAUACAGGGACGAAAGGAAUGAUCAAUGUGCAGAUAAAGUUGAGUCGGCUAAAAAGAAGCUUGAUAAUUUGGAACAGAGUGGUGUUUGGCAAUGUCUUUGAAAACAUUAAGAAGGCUGAAAUGGAAGCUAGGAAGGCUAUGGAGAAUUAUGAGCAAGACCCCCUCUCCGGUCCUUCGGUCUGA